GGACGGUGACGCGCAGGCCCAGGCGGAAGUGCGGGCGGAGGAUCCCGAGCCGGAUCCCCAGCCGGGAGCGGGGCUCGGGCUCGCUGGGGCGGCUGGCUCCAGCGAUGGCAAGCCUGUGGGCCGGAGGCCGGCUGCGGCUGGGCCCGGGGCUCGGCCUGUCCUGCCUGGCGCUGUCCGUGCUGCUCUUCGCGCCGCUGACAGGCGCCGCCAAGAAUUUUGAAGAUGUGAGGUGUAAAUGUAUCUGUCCUCCCUAUAAAGAGAAUCCCGGGCGUAUUUAUAAUAAGAACAUAUCUCAGAAAGAUUGUGACUGCCUUCAUGUUGUGGAGCCCAUGCCUGUGCGGGGGCCUGACGUGGAAGCAUACUGUCUGCGCUGUGAAUGCAAGUAUGAAGAGAGAAGCUCCGUCACUAUCAAGGUUACCAUUAUAAUUUAUCUCUCUAUUUUGGGCCUUCUACUUCUGUACAUGGUAUAUCUUACCUUAGUUGAGCCCAUCCUGAAGAGGCGCCUCUUUGGACACUCGCAGCUCUUGCAGAGUGAUGACGACAUUGGGGAUCACCAGCCGUUCGCAAACGCCCAUGAUGUGCUGGCCCGCUCUCGCAGCCGAGCCAAUGUUCUAAACAAGGUGGAGUAUGCACAGCAGCGCUGGAAGCUUCAAGUUCAGGAGCAGCGAAAGUCUGUCUUUGACCGACAUGUUGUCCUCAGCUAACUGGGAAUCGGAAUCAAAGUGACCGGAAAGAAGACGGCAGACAACUGGGAGGAACUGGCUGGGUGUCCGCAGGUUCUAAUGCCCUGCUGUCUUCCAGGGUGGAGGAAGACCCGCAGCUGGAAGCGCACCCACAUGCUUGGUACUUUUUCUUGUUAAUGUAUUAAUAGAGACUUUUUAAAGCACACAGUUCCAAGUCAGCCAGUAAGCCUUUUCCUACUUGUGACUUUUACUAAUAAAAUUAAGCUGCCUGUGA